AUGUCCGAUUCUGACUGUAGCAGUAACACCGAUGGAUCUGUAGACGAUGGCAGUUUGAGUGACCUGGAAAUGGAUAUGGAAAAUAACGAGGGGCAGUAUUUCUCUGAUGCGGAAGCGGCAAUGGAUAUCGAUGAAGAGGAGAAUACAUCACUAUUUCAAAAGGAAAUUUGGCAAUUAAAACAUUUACCUUAUUAUGAAGAAAUGCAAAAAGAAGCUGACGACCAUUUUAGGCAUAUUAAGGUUGGUUUGGUUCAUGCUGUAAUGCUACGAGAUAUACGACCUGGUUUUGUUCAUUGGAUAUGUGAGUUGGAUAAGUAUAUCAAUUUAUAUUCUCGCCGUUUCACAAAAGCAGAUCAUAUCGCUCUGGUGAAGCUGUGCUAUGCAUGCAUGACAAUGAAGGGAGCUGAUUUUCGAAUAGUGAAAAUCUGCGCUCAAUCUGUCUCAAACCUUCUAUUUCGGAAAGAGUUACUGUCACGAGGCGAUAUACAGCUUGAAUGGAGACCAUUGUAUGAUAUCUACGUCGAAGUGAGCUUUAAAAGUUUGGAAGAAGAUGGAUUAUUGCUGCUGCCCGAUGGAAUGAAAACGGCUCUUGAACAAGUAAUUAUACAUUGCAGAACCUACUUCAGCUUGAAUUCCACACGGGAAAUUCUAGAUGAAGUACGACCCUACAUAUGCCCGUGGGACGAGAGCAUGUCACGAGCAGUAUGUUUAUUAAAUUUGUUUCUGCCAACUAGUAUGGAGCAAGAAAUGCAUAGGAAAUACGGUGCCACUUUAUGGUUCGAUGAAAUGUGGCAUUGGUUCACAACACUUGAAACAAAUUCGUCUUACGAAACCAAGAUAGAAGGACUCUUAGCCCGCUUAGCACGUGAAUGUCCUGGUUUGAUCGACUGGCAUGACAAAUACGACAUAAUAAUGACGCGAGUAUUACGAGCACUAAAUUUGGAAAUAGGACAAGGUACUGAACGAGUCAACAUUUCUUCGACUACUUCAUUUCAUCUUGACCAUGCUGCUAUCUGGUUAGCUUAUAUGCUUGGCGGAUCAAAUAAUGGGAUCCAAAAUCACCUCACCCGUCUUUUCCGUUCUUUGGAAUCUUACUUUCAUCCUUCGAAUUACGGUCAUCAUUCCAUUACAAUACUUCAUUUUUUGUUGAGACUGGUGAAUUCUGUUUGCAGUAGAUUGCACAAGGAGCGGCACCAGAAGCCUAGCUGCCAUCCACAGGUUCCAACAAGUCUUCGUUUGACUAACGCACAGUUGGAUGAGUUUGUGGAAUCUGUAUUACCGUGUGCUAAGCUUGCGCUAUUUGCAAAGUAUAAAAUGGAGUAUGCACCAGCUAUAAUUCGUAAUCUAUCGCAAAUUGCACCGCGAAUCGUUGUACCAGCGGUUCUUGAUUUGGUAUAUCCUGCAUUAGAGACAGUAGUCGAGCCUCAUCGUUUAGUGCAGUCAAUGAACGCGCUAAUAGCAGUUUGCGUUGCACUGGUUCGUGAUGAUUCCAAUUUGGGCAAUCGCAAACGUGCUCCGCUACAUACAAUGGAAGAGCUUUCCGAUAAACCAUAUCGCAGUCAUGCCAUUGCGCUUCUUAACUCAGUUCUACCUGGAUUGGAUGCCAAUGAUAUCUCAAAAAUGCUGCUUACAUUUCAAAUUAUAAAUUUGCUAAUAACAUUGGUACCCAUUGUUGAUUGUUCGGAGGCUAUCCAUGUACGAAAUGAUUUAACAGAAGAAGAGCAGGAAGUUUGUUCGGCAACAGCAAAUUUCGAAACAAUCGUAGAAAACCUUCUGGACAAAAUGAUAGAGAUAAUUCAUGUUUUUACGGGAGGUGCGCCAACAGUAACAACGGUACAGGGUUCGCUGGGUGCUAAAUCACAAUCCAAAUUAUCGGUGGAAGAAACGGUGAUAAAACGAGGCAUAUUUUCCGUAUUCCGUGCUCUCCUUGGUAACUGCAGCACACCAAUAUAUAAAAUUGCUGUUAACAAGUUAUAUGAUUUCAUUUCAACAAAUAUGUAUGAUAGUCGAUUAGCUGCGGAUACCGUUUCAGAAAUGAUUUUUUGCGCCGUUCGGACAAAUCCACCGGAAUCCCUGGAUCUAUUCUUGGACCUUAUUACAGAGAAAUUGGUUCCGCUAACAACAGAAGAAGCAUAUGAAGAAGAAGAAUUGGACUCUACGAUGGUAUGGUAUAUUGUUUUGGCCUCACAGCUCUUUAGGGUAUCGGGAAUGCAUAUUGUAUCACACAAAACGAAAAUGUUGAGGCUGUUACGAAUGAUUGUACCUUUGACAUGUCGUACGGCAUGUGAGCUUUCGUGCAGUUCACUGGAAUGCAUGUUAACGGGUUUAACAAGUAUAUAUACUGAUACCAGCGAGCAGAGACGUGAGAAGCUCGACCAGCCUUUCGAAAAAUAUCUUCCGAUAAGAGACUGGGCAAAAGUAGCGGACAAAAAAACUUUCCAACUCAAAUGGCAUAUACCAACCGAAGAAGAGUUUCAGCUGGCAUACGAUGUGUUGGACGAAUUUUUCUAUCCAGAGCUUGAAAAAUUAUCGAAUGCAGAUUCUCUUUCCAAGACAGAAAUGCUGAAAUCUUUGGAAAUAGUCGGUAGUUGCUUGGCUGGUAUAUCAGCUGCAUUACCAUCCUUUGGUGGAAAACUGAUACCACUGACGGAUUCGCCAGUGAAGGUCUAUCCUUUUCAAUUUGUCGCUGCUCCAAGCUAUGUAAAAGAAAUGACGUACAGGGGAUCAAAUAUACGAAAUUUUGUACUGAAUCGAAUAAAAAGUGUUGCGGAAUAUUUGGUGCAAAACCGAGAAAAUGAUACGAAAUCCUUGUCUGCUGUAUGCAAAAUUUUGCAUAUUCUCGUUUUUCAGCGUGGUAUUGAUCGAGCGAAAUUUGAUUUACAAAACCAAAAUUAUAUAUUAUCGAAAAGAAUUGUUGGAGAUAUGGUACAAGGAAACAAAGCAAACAUAGACCUGGUUACUACCGAAUAUCUAAUGCUACAGCAUCAUAAGCGAACACUGACGCGCUCCGGAUAUUAUUUUACUGCGCAGCACACGGAAGUGAUGAAAUUAUUGGUGCGAUUGGGUACAAGUCUAUACAGUGCUACUCGAAUUGAUGCCCAGAGGAUAUUAGAUGGCUGCAUUCAAACAUUUCCUUAUUCAUAUCUACUUGUAUUAGAUGAUAUACUCGCGUUUCUCAAGGAAUCACCUGAUAUAUCUCAUGAACAAUUCAAAGGUGCAUUAUAUAUGCUUCUAAACGGUAAGAGAUUGGCCAUUUGUGUCAGACAAAAUUGGAGUACAUUAUUGCGAGUAUGGCCAGCACUUAUUGAAGCACAACAUUCCGAAAAGCCUUCCAUAAUUGGUCUGUUGGAAUUGGCGCAAAACACUCUUGUCGACAAUUUCGAAUCAUUCCAGAUCAAUUUUUUGCUGCCAGAUGGACCAGUUGCUGCUGCGCGAGAAUUGUACGCUGCAGGCGGUGGUGAAAAUAUACAUCAACCGGCAUGGCCACUACCUACUGAUGAAGAAAUCGAAACUGCUAUUGAAAGGGAGAAUAUUGCGUGCGAGGAAAAAGAAAAAUUAUAUUAUUCGCUUUGUGAUCGUUUAAUUGCCCUCAGUACGGAUGCAAAUCUUCAUUGGCGACAUGUUGACAUGGCACAAUCUUUACUUUCGUUACUCAUUAGACGAGAUAUGCCUUUCCCAUCAGAUGCUGUUAAAUUGUUUAUUCGGUUACUUGUGAACGACACUGUUAAAACGAGACGCAUGGCAACUGGACUGAUAGCUGCAUGGUUACGUAUUACGAAACCGCAAGCUGUAAAAAUACCUUUCGAAAAUCCAGUUAAAGAAGAAAAUAUUGGUCCUGGUGCAGAAUGGCCCAUAAAAUAUGGCUUUCGAAUGGACAACAUAAUAACGAUGUAUAACAGGGAAAAACUACCACAGACAGCGAAGGAGUGGAAUGCUACAGUGUUUUUCAGCAAAACUCAUUGGGGCUUCUAUACUUGGCCAAAGGUUUUGAAAGUUUAUGCGCCAGCAAAUGAACAAAAAGCGAUUAAUCGUAAACUGGAUGAAUUAAAUGAAACUGAACGUUUCGUUGUGGAAACAUUCUCUGAUGAUGAGUUUGCGGAAAAAUUUCGCCAAUAUAUGAGCGUUGAAGAAAAGAAGGGUGAAGAAGCAUUCGAUGCCAUUGCGUUCGGUUUAUUUUACGGUAUAUUUCGGAAUUACAACGACCUUCCACUUCCAGUUUUUAAGAAACAUUUGGAAAUUUUGCUUGCAAGUGAUAAGGAAGGCGAACAGCGAUUAGCAUCGGAAAUGGUUGCUGGACUGCUGAAUGGCAGUAAGCUUUGGACAUUCGAAAAGAUUUCAGAAAUGUCGAAUUGGCUUAAACCUUUAAUAAGCAGUUGCUUGGAAACAGUAAAAACUGAGAAUGUCAAGAAUUGGGGAACAGCUAUUGCAACAGUUUUCGGUUCAGUUGACCCGAAAGCGCUUUCAUGGUUUAUUGAAAUGCUUUUUGAACUGUGCAUGAAGCCAACGGACAGCAGCUUUCAUGCAACUACGCGAAUGUAUUUUGUGCAGGGUGCUUUAAAUCAAUGUGAAUGGCGCGUAACAGAAUUGUGGAAUCAGUUGUUUCAAAAAUGUUUGGACACUAUGGAAGAAUCAUAUCAGAAUUUACGUGAGCGUAUUGGUUCGAGUAUCGCUACUAUUUUAUGGUUCGAUCUGACUCAUUUAUACAUUGAUCCACGAAUCCCGAAGAAAUUUCAUCCAAUGAAAAUUGAUGAUGCAAUGGGCAAAAUUAAUACAAAAUUAGAACUUUUAUGGUCUGAAGUCGCCAUUGCGAAACAAGAUGGUGACAAAAUGGAUGAUGUUUGCUUGGAUAGCAAAAUAGAAAUCAUUAAUGGUGAAGGCAACGGUCGGAAAAAAGCAAUCAUGACAUUUAAGUGUGCGUUAAAUUAUUUAAAUGCACAUUGGGUGCACUCGUUCACUGCCCUACCACCUGCUAUUUUUAAUGUUUUGCCCUUGCUUAUACAUUUUGAAAAUGAAACAAGUGACGAGGAACUGAAAAAUAGUUGCCAUGACCAGCUGCGCCAAGGGAUGUCACAAACGCUGAUUAUAGCAAAGAAUGCAGAAAUGGUUUUGUGCGGUAUUAAAGAGUUAGCUUCAUCCGCUGUUUCAUGGUGGAAGCCGAAGGUUUCGCUACUGAAGUACAUGCAAGUUGCUGUAUUCUCCAAUUUUUUUCUUUUCCUGCAUCAUCGCCCACUACUGCAAGCUAUACUCUGCUCUAUGAUACUUGAUCCCAAGUUUGAAGUGCGUGAAGCUGCUGCUACAACAUUGUCCGGUCUUAUCCAUUGUCACUUCUUCGAUGUGGACCAUCUGAUUAUUGAGACAUUUUAUGAAUGGUCUCGGGAGGAAAAUGGUACAAAACGACAUGCCGGCGUCUUAGCCCUUUCUGCUGUUGUUCAGGCAUUUCCGUACAGUGUUCCACCCUUUUUACCGAAAAUUCUGAUGCAACUUUGCCGUCACACUUGCGACAAACAACCUAUGCAAGGUACAGUGAAAAAAGCAUUGAGCGAAUUCAAGCGUACUCAUCAAGAUAGUUGGCAUGAACAUAAGAUGCAGUUCAGUGAAGAUCAGCUUUCCAUCUUGACGGAUCUGUUUGUUUCACCCAAUUAUUACGUCUGA